ACGCUCUCGUUCUCCCCCUCUUUGUCCAAAGCUGUAUAGCCUUCGGCUUUCAAACCCCUCCAUCUUGACCCGGAAAUACCCGACACAUCUCUCUCUCCUCUCUUCGCUCUUCUUCUCCGUUUUGGAUUGCUUGAUUGGUUUCUUGAGGGCCGAUGACGGAUCCGGACGCCAACCUACAAACCGUUCUUAUAGCGAGAAUGGCAGGCGGCGACGUUGAUUCCAAGCCGGUGGACGAGGAGGAACCCGGGAACCCGGACGAGACCGCCGCCGACGGAUCCAGGAAGCCCGUCGUCCUUGUGACCAACGCCGACGGGAUCGGCUCCCACGGCCUUACCUUUCUCGUGGAGGCCCUCGUUCGCGAGGAGCAGUGCGAUGUCCAUGUCUGCGCACCCGAUUCGGACAAAUCUGUAUCUGGUCAUUCAAUUACCCUUCACCAAACAGUUUCUGCAACAUCUGCAGAUCUUAAAGGUGCCACAGCUUUUGAAGUUUCGGGAUCUGCUGCUGAUUGUGUCUCUUUAGCUUUAUCUGGCUCAUUAUUUUCAUGGUCCAAGCCCACACUGGUUAUCAGUGGAGUUAACAAGGGAUCAAAUUGUUGUGGUCAUAAUAUCUUCUACUCAGGUGCUGUUGCUGGUGCUAGGGAGGCUUUAAUGUGUGGAGUACCCUCUCUUGUGAUUUCUUUGAACUGGAAGAAGGAAAAGAGUCAAGAAAGCGAUUUCAAGGAUGCAGUUGAUGUGUGUUUGCCACUGAUAAAUGCAGCAAUAAGGGACAUUGAGAAGGGGAUUUUUCCAAGAAACUGUCUGCUGAACAUAGAAAUUCCCACGGCUCCCUGUGCCAACCAGGGCUUUAAGCUGACCAGGCAGAGCCUUUGGAGAUAUGUUUCGAACUGGCAAGCCGUCUCAGCAAGUAGGCAUCCCACUGCAGGGCAGUUCAUGUCUAUGCAUCAAAGCCUUGGUAUCCAACUUGCACAGCUUGGCCGAGAUGCCUCUGCGGCUGGUGCAGCACGCCGUGUUGGUGCUCAGAGGAAAAUUGUAGAAAUCGAAUCAGUUGCAGAAGCUGGAAAACCUGAGCAGAGAGAAGCGGUGAAGAAGUGCUUUCGACUGGAGUUCCUUGAGAAGGAGCAGGAACCCAAGGUUGAAGAAGAUUCUGAUUUCAGAGCCCUGGCAAAUGGAUUUAUAGCUGUUACUCCUUUAUAUCUAGAUUUGCAAGUGCAGCCUGAGAUCCAAGCAUCUGCUUCUGAUUGGCUUGCGGCAGUUCUAAAAGGAACUGAAGAGGCUCCUGAGGCUGAUGUGUAGCUAACUACUAGUUUACCAGACACAUGGUUUUAUCUUAUGUUCCUCCCCAAAUGGAAGGUUUCCACAUCAGUUCCAGUUUGUGCUGGUUCCUCCUCAUCUUAUUCCAUUUGUUGAUGUUUCUUGUACCUGGGAGAACCCAUGCCCGACCUAUUAACGUUGGUGGCGGCAUGAGGUAGAAGUGUUCAGUCACUAUGCCUCCUUGAUUGUGGUUUCUUUCUUUUCUUGAAGAUAGUGGAUGAUAUAUGUUGUAAAGAGGCGUGGAAGUGUUUGGAUUGACAGGAUUUGUGUAGUAGAAUGGAGAUGACUCAUUUCCCUGCAGUUUUCUUUGUUAGGAACUUUAUGCCAUUCCCAAUUAAUGGAUAUGUUCUCAGAA